AUGAACUGCUGCGACCCGACCGACGCGCCGCGCAAGCGGGGCCGACCGCCCGGCGCCUGCCGCAAGCGCAGGUCCACCACCGCCCCAACAGCCCUCGCCACCCCCACUCCACCCACGGUGCUCUAUCCGGCACCCAAGCGAGCCCGGGCCGAGCCUGGGUCCCUCCUAGUCCCGCCUCCUGUGCCCUUCGCCGUACCCCAGCCGGCAGCGGCGGCCCCGCCACUUCCACAACAGGCCUGGGCCUCGCCAGCGGAUGACCCAACCGGGUUGUGGGAUGGAGCGCCGCAGGGGUCUGGCCAGCAGUCGUCGUCGCCGCCGCUGCCGCAGAGCUCGCAGCAGGUUGCGACCACGGCGCCCGGCGGUGGUGGUGGAGGGCAGCCGGCCGAACCGGACGUGAUGCGGGCCAUUCUGCACGAGCUGCGCGAGAUGCGCUCGGCCUACACCACUCUCAGCGCGCAGGUGGCCGACCUCACCAAGCGCCAGACCACUACCGACCACCGCAUCGACGCGCUCCACCACCACCACCACCACCACAACCACAACCAACCGUCGCCGCAUCAGCUCCUCCACCAAUACCGCCAAUCGCAGUUCGAAGGCGCCUCGGCGGCCAUGACGGCCUACUACGGCUCCGACGGAGGAAUAGGGCCGGCCAGGCGCCUGAGCGCCAGCUGGCAGGAGCUGGCCGACCUCUUCAACUCGGCGCCGUUCGUGUCGGUGGGGUCGCCGUCGCUCCCGUCGCCGCUGCCGUCGCCUUUCCCCUCGAGCCAGGGGCUCCUUACGCGCAUGUGGUCCAUGUCACAGCCCUCCAUGGCACCACCACCACCGGGCUAUUCGUCGUCUCCGUUCUCUUCGCUUUCUUCGUCGUCUUCGUUCUUUUCCUCUUCAUCGUCGUCUUCGCUUUCUUCUCCUUCUCCUUCUCCUUCUCUUCUGUACCUGCCGUCGCCUCCGCUGCCGCCUACGGUGCCGAUGCACUCGUUCGACCGCCACCACCCGCGCGUGCUGGCCGUGCUGCCCAACAACCAGCUGAGCAGCAGCUUCGACCGGCCGUGGCUCAUCGAGCGCAUGGCCAGCGAUGCGCGGUUGCCCAAGCACCAGUUCCCCGACCCCAGCCUCUUCCAGUUCUUCGGCUCCAAGCGACCGCUCACCGUCGCCGCCAACGACCAGUUCCGUCAGCUCAUGCGAUACACCUGGGGAGAGCUACACGAGCUCAACACGGCGUGGUUCUACCCGCCGUCGGCGAUGCAGGUGAUGGCGGUCUGGUUCCGGGACUGGAUCGGCAAGCGCCAGCCUGCCUGCCUCAGCCCCGUGUUCCUGACCACCUGCCCGCUGGUCACCCGCGACGGCCAGCUCCUCCACUCCCUGGCCCGCACCCAGCUCUACUACGACGAGCAGGGCGACUACUCGUGGAGCCUCACCGUGCUCGAGUACUGGCGCUACGUCGAGCACGACAGCGAGAGCGAGGAGGCGACGCGCCAGGUGAGCGAGGAGCUCGAGGUGCUCCUGCGCGACUGCCAUCCGAGCCCAGUCGACGCCGUCGACGCCAUCGCCAGCGACCUUCGCCUCGCCGCCGACCGUGUCGACCGACGAGUACGCCGCUUUGCUGAA